UUCACGAGUUCGUGAGGAGAUUGAUAGAUUUGGUCAUUUCCAACAGUACAGGGUAUAAUUGAAAAUAUGUAAAAUGGCAUUGUUAGAAUAUAUCAAAUACUCCUCGUCUUAAUUAUCCUCAUCUUCUUACCUUUCACUCCUCGUCUCUUCGUUUCCAAUCGCUCGCACGCACACUGGGCUGGCGGCGGCGACUCCGCAGCUGGAGGCGGUGAGGAAGAAGGAGGUCAGGUACGAGAAGAUCCGGACCAUCGAGAAGGGCCACCGGCGGCACUUCCACGACGACAUCACCGUCGUCGUGCUGUUCCUCGACAGGUGCAGGUCCGGAUCGGAGGACAUCGACGGCACCUACGCGCCCGUCGACGUCUUCUCCUGCAGCCCCGCCGGCAACCACGAGGACCCGACCAGGCCCGUCCUGCGUUGAGGUUGGUCUCGGAUUCUCGGCUGGUGCUCCUCGUGCUAUCCAGAGAUUGAUGAACAUACUGUUCUUUCUUUCUUUCGGUGCUUGAUCCGAUCGCUCUCUAAACGAGAGGUACACGUGAAUCGAGCCGUUUCCCGUUCAAGGAGAAUUUGCCUGCAAAGAAAUGCUAUUAUCGAAUCGAACAUACUGUGUCGUAAACGUACUGUCAUCCUUCAUCAGUUCCUUCUUUCGUUUUAAGAGAAUGUGAAUGUUCUACUGCAUUCCAACGAUCCUGCUUUCUAGUAUCUGUUCUUCCCGGUGUUCUUCAUAGCCGCCGGCGGCGAGCUCCUUGAGACGAGUGAGCAGCGAAAAUAUAUGUCGUGCUAAUUACAAUUUUACCCGUACAAAAAAUAGUCUAUACUCUAUACUACCACCAGAUAGUAUUGUGCACGUAAAAUAGCUCAAAAAAGGCAAAGCUUUGCCCCACUAGCUAAGCAAAUUCGGCGUAAUCCUGCGCCACCCCCGGGGUCGGGGGUAUAUAUCGGGCGCCUCCCCUGCCAGACCUUCCCUACGACAUCGACGGCAGCUGAAACACACAGAGGCACAGGGAGAUCGAUCGAUCGGUGUUCAAGAGAAAGAGUCAGUGGUUGGCUUGGUUGGUUUCUGAUUAUUCUUGGUGGCCAUGGCAAUGGCACAGCAAGCGAGCUUGUCCUGCUCGACUUGGAGAGAGCUCACCAACACGAGCUGGAGGGACGACGACUACAGGCGCAUGGUGAUGGCGUACCUGAUCGAGGCGGUGUACCUGCUGGAGCUGGAGCGGCAGGAGCGCCGGGACGCGGCGGCGGUGGCGCAGCAGUGGUGGAAGCCGUUCCAGUACCGCCUGGCGCACGAGCUGGUGGACGACCGCGACGGCGCCAUCUUCGAGCGCGACCACCACGCGGACGCCGCCGGCCGGCCCAGCCCCAGCGGCGCCCCGAGUGCCGUCGUCGCGUUCCGGGGCACGCUCCUGCGCGCGCCCACCAUCCGCCGCGACGUCGAGGACGAGCUCCGCCUCCUGGCCCGGAACAGCCUCCGGGGCUCCGCGCGCCUCGCGCGCGCCCUGCAGGCGCUCAGGGCCACCAUCGACAGGUUCGGCUCCGAGAACGUGUGCGUCUGCGGCCACUCCCUGGGCGCCGGCUUCGCGCGCCAGGUCGGCCGGAUGCUCACGGCCUCGUCGCCGCGGCACCCGCGCCAGCACCACCAGCAGCAGCAGCAGGCGGCCGCCGCCGCCGCCGCCGCGUCGGUCGAGUUCCACCUCUUCAACGCGCCCUACCUGUCCCUGCCCAUGGGUGUCAGGAGCGUGGUCAAGACGGCGGACUGCCUGCUCAAGGCGCUCCGCUCCGGCGCCGCCACCGUCGGCAGGUGGCACGGCAAGGCGCUCCGCAACGUGGCCUACGCCAACUGCAUCCUCGGCUACACCAGGCUCGAGAGCAGCAGGAAGUUGUGACUUGUGAGGAUCGGAUGCGAUGCCGAUGCUGACCUGACCCCGUUGCACGAACCAAACUGUACCUACGCGAUCAAGACCUGU